AUGUUCGCAUUGCUGUUGAUCUUGACUGGCUGCCAGCUGCUGUGGAGUUCGCCCGCUGAGAGUACUUCCAUUAACGAACCGGUGCCAAUCCUCAAAUCGGUGGCCGAACAACUCACCUCGGGUUCCUACCUAUUUUCGUACGAGACCGCAGAUGGCACCUACCGCGAGGAGCUGGGCAUAGUGAGCCGGAGCUCCGAUUCGAAGAGCUCCGAUGACGAACUCGAGGUGUCCGGUAUUUAUCGCUAUAUCGACGACUGGGGCCAGGAGGUGGAGGUGCGCUACACGGCGGACAAGAGUGGCUUUCUGCCUCAUGUUCGGUAUAUAUCCAAGGGGAAGCCUAUAAACCAUUUCGCAUAG